AUGGAGGAGAGAUCACCACUUCUUCGCCUAUCGCCAGAGCUUCGAAACCUCAUAUAUGAAUAUGCACUCACCGAACCAACUUCACAAGAAUCGGAUUUCCUCAUGCCGCCGCCGGCACUGACAAGAACUUGCAAUCGAAUCCGACAAGAAUCCCUGCUGCUCUAUUAUACUCUCAACGAUUCCCACUUGUCCAUUCCUCGCGAUGGAGCCUAUCCCAUCGCCCAAGCACUUUCCAAAUCCCACUUCCUCACAGCACAAGGACAACGAAUAGUGCAAUCGAUCCCACUUCUCAAAAUUACAUAUCAUCUGUCCUCGAUGGAGAAUAUGCCAGCAUCCCUAGGAGUCGGCUUCAAAGUCCAGGGUGGAUGGGUUGAUCUUGCCGAAGCCCUCGCACGUGUAGGUUUCCGGAGAGAGCAGGUUGAAUGGAAAGCUGUGAGUGAUAGGCGAUUCUCACAUCCAGCAUUGGGAGGAAAUUAUUAUCAUUACUUGGCCGAGAGUGCGAGGGUGAGGGUCCUGGGGGAGGUGAUGAACAAGGAUUGGGAGGAGGCUGUGAAGAGCUUGUCGAAGGUGGAAAUAAAGCCGGAGUCAUAG